GGUCGUUUGCAUGAAAAUAUUGUGAGAAUUUAUGCCAAACAAAUAUUUGAGGCAUUGACAUACUUGCAUGAUAAGAAUAUAGUUCACGGCGAUAUCUCACCUUACAAUAUCAUGCUUAACCAAUGGGGUGUUAUCAAAAUGAUCGAUUUUGGUUUAUCUAAAAAGAUGAACGCAGAUGCUGCAUCAGAUAAGCAAACAAAGCAAAUCAACGGUACUCCAAUGUAUAUUGCACCUGAAGUCAUGGAAUCUUUGAAUCAAGGCAAACCAUCUGAUAUUUUCUCUGCAGGUUGUGUUAUUUUGGAAGCACUUACAGGAAGAUGUCCGUAU